AUGAAUUCGCGCGCCCCUCAGCCGGAGGCCCUCCCAUGGGCUGUUCGGAUACCUGUUCCCGGCGGAGGACAUACGUCGGGUGCUUGCUUAGAUGUUCCUUGUCCGAGUCAGCUUCCCGGCUAUGCAGUAUUAGCGCAGGAGGCUGCAACAAGGAAAUACCGGCCAGCAACCCAUCCCUAUCAGGUACUUCUCCCAUUUUGGGUCACAUCAUUUCUGGCAAUGGCCUGGGUGUUGACAGUUAUGGCAUCCCUCAACCUAAAUGUUAUUAAAAUCAAGGCGAGCAAGCUUUCAAGCAACGUCAAGGUCGAGGAGCAUACUGGUAGAAUAUCACGGUAUGCAUUAAUCUCAGACAGCCUCGCGCGCCAUGAUCACAUAAACCAACCACAUGGUGAUUUCCUUACAAGACCUAUUAUGAUCGACCAGUCACAUCUGCAGGACAAAAGAUAG